CCACACCAUUAGAAAUGAAUGGCAUUCUCGUCAUUUCACAAAACCCCAAAUACCCAUUUUCGUAACAUUAAAAAGGCGUGCAUCAAAUUUCCUUGACAUAAUAUAUUUCAGCGUUAAUACUCUCAUUUAGAUCCCUCCUUUAUAAGCUCUUUUUCAGGGAUCAUCAACAAGGAAGCGAAAAUGGGGUUGACAUUCACCAAGCUCUUCAGUCGGCUUUUUGCCAAGAAAGAAAUGCGCAUUCUAAUGGUUGGUCUCGAUGCAGCUGGUAAGACCACCAUAUUGUACAAGUUGAAGCUCGGAGAGAUCGUCACUACUAUUCCUACCAUUGGUUUCAAUGUGGAGACUGUUGAGUACAAGAACAUCAGCUUCACUGUUUGGGAUGUCGGGGGUCAAGACAAGAUCCGACCAUUGUGGAGGCACUACUUCCAGAACACUCAGGGUCUCAUUUUUGUGGUUGAUAGCAAUGAUAGAGACCGUGUCGUAGAAGCAAGAGAUGAAUUGCAUAGGAUGUUGAAUGAGGAUGAACUUCGGGAUGCUGUGCUUCUAGUUUUUGCUAACAAACAAGAUCUUCCUAAUGCGAUGAAUGCUGCUGAAAUAACUGACAAGCUUGGACUGCACUCCCUCAGGCAGCGCCACUGGUACAUCCAGAGCACUUGUGCAACUUCUGGAGAGGGGCUUUACGAGGGACUUGAUUGGCUUUCUAACAAUAUUGCUAACAAGGCCUAAAAGUGAUGCAGAUUUGUUAUUGCGGGUUGAUCCUGGAUGCAGGCGGGUUUUUAUCUAGUUAUUUUUUCUUCUCAAGUCGGUGUGGUUAUGAAUAUCUUCUUGAAAGCAUUUUGUGUCUUCAUAGGACCUUUUUUUUUGUAAUGGUUGUGUAAUACAAUGGUCGAAUAUAUGUAAUUGCUGUUUGAUUAGGUAUAUUGUCAUAAAUUUGUAAACAAAGACUAGCUUUCAUAGUGCGUUGCAUUUGUUAAUGGUUAAA